AUGGACCGACCGUCUGCCCACCAUUCUUCACCAAGGUACCCAAGAGAUAGAGGUACUCGGGUAGGGACCUUAGUUCGCCUGAACUCGAAAAACCAGCAGGUCAGCGACCAAAUCGAGAUAUACAGCAAUGAAGAGAUUUUGAUUGGCCGAAAUUCACGUCUCUGCGAGUACGAGAUCACCGACCCCUUCGUCUCGAACACACACAUUCGAAUAUACACCAUUCUAUUCGACCAGGACGUGUCGUACGAUGUGGCUCCGCUAGUAUAUGCCCAAGACCUGUCUCGCAAUGGGACUUUGCUAAACGGUCAUCUCAUGGGUCUCGAAAAUGGUGGGUUUCUCCUCCGUCAAGGCGACGUACUAUCUAUUACUCGUGACAUUUCCAUUCGGUUCAACUCGGCAACCCAGAUCGGUGACGGAUGCUUUAGUGACCUCCAAAGUAACGAGAUUCAACAAUUUCGACACCAAUAUCUUGUGACUUCCCGAGUUCUGGGCUUUGGUGCCUACGGCCGAGUCCAUAUGUCUGUUGAAGAAGGCACAGGAAGGCAGUUUGCCUGCAAGAUAGUCAACCUCAAUGCCAGGGCACACGGUUCCGAUGACGAAGAGGAGAGCCAGCGCCAAGGCUCCAAGUUCUUCAAGAGCGGCGUGCCCAACCCUACCAGGCCCCAAAAGACAGACUUGGAAAAGAAGAUGAAAGAGAGAAAGGAACGCAUCCAGCAAGAGGCGAAAAUACUGACAAACUUGUCUCAUCCAAACAUCAUCACCCUCGAGAAGGUCUUUCGAUCAGAGAACACAAUGUAUAUCAUUUCGGAACUUCUUUCCGGAGGUGAUCUUUUCUCCUUUAUCAAGUACAAAGGAGGACGACUUGAGGAUCUCACGGCGGCCGCAAUCACUCGCCAAAUUCUGCUCGCGGUGGAAUACCUGCAUGAACAGAACAUUGUACACAGGGAUAUCAAGCCAGACAACAUUCUGCUAACAUCUCUCAAGGACGGGUGCAGGGUUGUCUUGACCGAUUUCGGCUGUGCAAAGUUGAUCGAUAAGAAAGCGAAGCGGACGACAACUGUCGUCGGCACCUUCGAGUACUGCGCUCCUGAAGUUUGUCGAUCUAACAACCGCGGGUAUACGAAGGCCAUCGAUUUAUGGUCGCUUGGAUGUGUGACGACGGUCCUUGUGGCUGGAUACAGCCCGUUCGAUGAAGGACGACGCUUUGGCCAGGACGAACUUGACAUACUGGAGGAGGAUCUUAUCUCGAUGGGAGCUAGCGAAGGAGCCACAGACUUCAUAUACCACUUGCUCAUUCUGGACGAAGUCGAACGGAUGGAUGUCAGGCAGGCACUGCAACAUGGUUGGUUUACGAAGCCACGACACCACCAAACAAGACUCGACAGACUAUACAUGCAGGCCAUCCGAGGCUGGAUGCCACGGCGAGAUGAGUCGGUCAUUGUCGAUCUGAAAUCGAAAACCAAUUGCUCGGCCAAUCUUCGACACCCUUCUCAGGAGCCCGUUUUCGAAGAUGAACCUGCUCUAAUUUAUCGACCUCCUUCAAUUGACCAUAUUUCGGAAUCUUCAUAUGAUGUUCCUGCAACAAGUACACCAGCUCUCGAAUCCCCCACCCUGACCAACAUUUUUCGUUUCGACGCAAGGACCUGCAAGGGGAAUCAAUUCACUGUCUUCCGUGAGAGACCGAUUCCCCAGGGUCUCGAUAAGAAAGUCCGAAAUUUAAAGCAAGAGAUUGACCAAGAGCUUGAAGACCGAUACUUGGAGACUGCCUCUAAAAUGGCCAAAUUCCAAGUCCAAGAGGAUAUUGGACUGAAGACGCCCGAUCUAACGAAGAAAUACCCACAGGAGGGGCUGCUUGGUGACAAUUCUGAAGCAAUAAAUGGGCCAACGAACGAGCCUGGGUGGCUGCCAACUGGGACUCGCUGUGAUCGCUCACCGUCCAAAUUGGGAAUUGACUCUACUCGAAAAAAAGCCCCGACCCAUAAUGAAAAAGAGGCCGAGAGAAGAGAAGAAGUCUACGAGGAAGUCCACAAUCCAUUCACUGGGAAGAAAAGACGGUAUAUCUACGGUCGAGAUAUGGAGAGUAUUAUCACGAUGUCUUAG